AUCUAACAUGCUAUUGUGAAUUAUCGCAUUGAACAGCAUGCGAGUUACGGCAUUUCAUCAGCUGAAAAUUGUGUGAGAAACUUUUCGGGGGACAAUUUCGAGAAAGAAAAAAAUCAUUGUUCCAAAAUGAUAACGUGUAAUCGCCUAAAUUUACAUCUGUUACGAAAAGUAUCAAUUAAAAGUUUGCCCGCACAAUCUUUGCUAGCCGUCAACAGCAAUGUUCGACAAAAUCAGUCAAAACUUCUAACGACGAUUACAUUUACGACAACACAGAUCCACAAAAAUCAAAUCAACACUCAGGGAAGUCUAGAAUGUCAGCGGCGUAAGUUCCACACAACAAAUGAAUUAAAAGCAAAAGAUUAUUACCAAACGUUGGGAGUGGCCAAAAAUGCUUCGUCUAAGGAAAUCAAAAAGGCCUACUAUCAACUGGCCAAGAAAUAUCACCCCGAUACAAAUAAAGACGAUCCCGAUGCCAGUCGUAAAUUCCAAGAGGUCUCUGAAGCAUACGAAGUUCUAAGCGAUGAUACCAAGAGACGUGAAUAUGAUACUUAUGGCCAGACAACAGAAAAUAUGAACCGACAAGGUGGAGGAUUCGGCGGCCAUGGACCUCAAGGUUUUUCACAAAAUUGGCAGUUCCGAUCAACCAUUGAUCCCGAAGAGCUAUUCCGUAAAAUAUUCGGUGAUGGCGGCAAUUUCCGUUCGAAUGCCUUUGACGACUUUGCUGAGUCUCAAUAUGGGUUUGGACGUGCCCAAGAGGUGGUAAUGGACUUAUCUUUCGCACAGGCGGCCAGGGGUGUCAACAAAGAUAUAAAUGUCAAUGUGGUUGAUACAUGUCCCAAGUGUAACGGCAGCAAAUGUGAGCCUGGUACAAAACCUGGACGUUGCCAAUAUUGCAAUGGUACAGGUAUGGAAACCAUUUCAACAGGGCCAUUUGUUAUGCGUUCCACCUGUCGCUAUUGUCAGGGCACCCGGCAAUACAUUAAAUACCCCUGUGGAGAAUGUGAAGGAAAAGGUCAAACGGUACAAAGAAAGAAGGUGACAGUUCCUGUACCCGCCGGUAUUGAAAAUGGACAAACGGUACGCAUGCAGGUGGGCAAGAGGGAAUUGUUCAUUACUUUCCGUGUGGAACCAAGUAAAUACUUUAGACGUGAUGGCGCCGAUGUCCACACCGAUGCAGUUAUCUCUUUGGCCCAGGCCGUAUUGGGUGGCACAAUACGUGUGGAAGGUGUUUACGAAGAUCAGUGGCUUAAUAUUGAGCCCGGCACAUCAUCCCAUCACAAAAUCUUCCUCAAAGGAAAAGGUCUUAAGCGUGUAAAUGCCCAUGGUCAUGGCGAUCACUAUAUAAAUAUUAAAAUCGAAAUUCCAAAAUCAUUAACCAAAGAACAAAAGGAGCUAAUGCAGCAGUAUGCUGAAUUGGAGACCAACACCCCCGGAUCGGUACAUGGUAUCACGAAACGAACGGAUGGCAGCAAGAAAGCAACAUCUUCCAAUACCGCCGCCAGCAGUAGUACGACGACAUCACAACAGCAAGCCGAACAAAAAUCAAGUGGAACAAAUACAGAGAAAACUCCUCCAUCCGAAUCAAGUAAAUUAGAAGAAGACGAAAAGAAAGAUUCCGGAUUUUUCUCUAAGCUAAAGUCUAUGUUUAAUUGAUUAGCUAUAAUUGAAUAUGUGUUUCUUUAGGAUUUUUUUACUGUUUCAUUGUAAAUGUUGAUGUCUGGCAAGGAUUGUUACAAAACAGUACAAGAAGAUGAACGAACAUUGCUUGAGACCUCUUAUUAAUUUUACAAUCUAGUUUUAAUUGUACAUGAAAAAAAAAAUACAACAACAAAAAAGCCCGUUAUGUUAUCUAAUUGUUAGUUAUUUUAAUUUGUAAAAAAAUAACACAAUAAAACAAAAGAAAAACAAACAGAAAGAA